AGGAGGAGGAGGAGGAGGAAGGGGCCCCGGAACGGGCCUGGGAACGGGCCGCCCGCUUCUCGCCGCUCUCCUCUCCCGGCUGGCGGCCCCGCGCGGGAGGCGGCCUGCUGGCGCUCAUUAGCGUCGAUUCUGCCUGCCCCGCCUGCGUGCUGCUCACGGACGGGCCUCUCCUCCCGCUCCAGCUCCUCCCCGAGCGCCGAGGCUCUUGCCAGCCGGCAGCUCGGCGCCGGGCAGCGGCCUCCCCGCGCUCGCGGCGGGCCGGGAGCGUCUGGCCGUGGGAGGAGGCGGGAGAGGCUGGUUACCCGGAACCCGAGCGGCGCGGUGCGUGUUCCCUGCCGGGCCGGGAGCCGCGGGACCCGCCGGCGGGGCGGAGGGGAGACAGGGAUGAGCCUGCGCUGGGCGGGGCUCCCCGGACCGCAGCUGCUCUGUGCUUUUCCUCUGGCUGUGCUUCGGGCUGGUCCCGGAUCCCUGGGCAGGUCUGGUUGCUCUGAUGGCGUGUGCUUCCCCUCCUUCCCAAGGGGCAGGGGCACCUCUUGUAGGAGCUUGCUGCCCGUCUUGUGCUGGGUGCGCGACAGAGACAGCCUGAGUUACUUCAGGGGUUGUAAGUUCCCGGUGCACAGCUUAAUCGUGAGGUGUAUAACAGUACUGAAUUUUACCGUGAGUGAAGGACGGUUUGUGGCUCACCACAAGUCUUUUGGCAGUGUUUGCUAAUAUACGGCUUUAGUGCUUUCUUAGAUGUAUUGUGUUUGGGUAACAGACCACCCUAAGAUGGUUUGCAAGUUCUGACAAUGCAGCUGUUUAAAUAUCCAGACUAGUUUCCCAAUAAGGUGUUAGGCUGUGUAAAGCAAGCUUCUGCAUGUUGUCUCGUCUUGCAAGAGAAAGAAGGCAUUUCAAACACGGAAAAAGAAAGGAUCUUCCCACUAAUGUUAAAUGGUAGCUUGCAGCAGGGAAUUAUGUGGGGCUUCCAAGCUCGGAAGAUCUUGUGGGUGAAAGGGGCAGAGGGAAGACUAGUUUUUAGUUUAAAAAUUCUUAGGGGGAUUGAAUAAGCUAAAUGGUCCAGUAUGCCAUUUCUGUAAUCCAUUUUGACUGACUUCCUUCUUAAAAGCCCAGAGAAGGUGAACUGAUUUGAAAUAGUUUUAGGAUUUAUUCUGCUGCCAAAAAAACAAACAAGCAACACAAAAACAAAACCCCAAAACGAGGCAACUAGUCUGACUAAUCCUAUGAGUCAGAGAUAAUAACCUCUGUACAGAGCAUUGAAUGUUACAGCUCUCCUUUAUGAGUUAGAGACUAAUAACAUAGCUAACUGUUCUUACCAGCACUGAUGCAGAGAGAAGCAAAGAGAUUUUCAGAUUUUUUUCAAAGCUUUAUAAAAUAGCCUAUUGAAUUGCAGUCUUCCAUAUUAAAUUAUUUGGUCUUUGCAAACUCCCUGGAAUUGUAAAUACAGAUACGUUGAGGGGUCAAGGGACUGGAUGACUUAUGGAAGAAGCACCAUAUCUGUCAUUCUGGUCCAUAGAGCAGCAGGGUCUACCUGCUGUGAACAUAUUUUUUAUUCCUUUUUCCAGUGGCUUAGAUUUCUAAUUAAUAUCUGGUUUAAAGAUGAAACAGUUCUAUGAGCAUCCUGUAUUUAUUUAUUUAUUUAUCUUUUCUCUUUUUCAUUAAAGGUGGACAUUAACAAAAGUAAGAUAGCUCUUUACUAGCUUGGUUGUUAAAUUAAUUGCAAACCUUUUGAAUUGCCUCACUGGAAGUGAAUUCUCCACAUUUACCAACAUGGCUUUAAUGACUGCCUUGCUGAACAGUGCUUAUUUACAUGGCAGAUGCUGCAGGCACAAGGUUUUGCAUCCCUUUCUUGGACCUCUCCUCAGCAGCUCCAUGUCAAAAUUGUAUAGCAGCUACAGAAGGCCAGGGACACAGCCUGAGAAAAAAACAUCUUGGCAAAAUAUUGAUUUAAGUUUUAAGAAGAGCAUUGAUGUCUUAAAGACUCAGCUAAGCAUGCUGAAGAAGGAGACUGAAGACUACUUAGUAGGACCUGGAGGCCAUCCACUCAGUCAUUACCUGUUGGAACAGACAAAGGUGUUGUGGGAGUUUCGGAGCCAAGAAGACUUAAAUAAAUGGGUUAUUUCCUCUGAUGUAGAGAUUGGAGGAAAAAGUGAAGUUUACCUCAAAUUGGGUAGGAAUAACCAGGCUGCCAUGCUAUAUGGAACCCUCAAUACGGAAGUACCUCGUGAUGGGGAAACCAAAUACAGUGGAUAUUGUAGUAUGAGAUCCAAACCACUAAGGGGGUCUUUUGCUAGGAAGAAGUAUUAUGACUGGUCAAACUUCAACAGUCUGUAUUUACGUGUCCGUGGUGAUGGCAGACCUUGGAUGGUAAACAUUUAUACAGACCCUUACUUCUCUCAUCACAAAGAUGACCUCUACAACUACUUCAUGUUCACCCGAGGAGGCCCAUACUGGGAGGAAAUAAAGAUUCCAUUCUCCAAGUUCUUCCUGUCCAGUCGGGGAAGAGUCCAGGAUAGCCAGCAUCCCAUCUGGUUAGACAAGGUUAGUACCCUUGGAUUCACAAUUGGAGAUAAAGUAGAUGGUCCAUUCCAGCUGGAGAUUGAUUUUAUUGGUCUGCUAAACGACAGAGCUCAUACAGAAGAAUUUGCCUAUGAAACAUAUGAAAAGAAUCCUCCAGCUUAGGUUGGGCUGGUGUCCUUUGGGACAGUCUUCAGAUGCUUGGUUCAUUUUUAUAAAACACUUUGUAAAGCGUGGUAUCAACAUGAAGAUUCUAAGUAAACAGUGAAGAGAUACGUGCAUGAAGUGUUGACUGAAGUAAUUGAACUACAGUGACACUUGGCAUCUUUGAGCUGCCAGAUACAGAAUCCCAGGGAUCCUGUGCAUACAUGGACUGGAACAGGACCUGAGGAGACUUGAGAUGCAUUCGUACUUACAAAACACUAACUGUUGACUGGGUAAGUUUUGGCUCCUGUCCUGACCUCUAUAGAAAUAAAAGUGUUUUGUGA